GAGAUAUCUCGAGAACAAACUAGAAAAGUUUUUGGUCGAAUAAAGUCCACUGGCCAGCUUGAUUGCUCUCAUAAAAGGUUUUUGAAAUCUAGUCCAUCAUGUCAAAGCAUCGUGUUUUUUCAGAGGGUCUGUUUAGUAGUUCUAAUCGACCAAUAACUAUUGACGAUCCGUUACCAGACGGCUGGGAAAUGUUGAUUGAUCCAGAAUCUCAAUUUCCAUUUUUCGUGGAUCAUCGAAAUCACAGGACGAGUUGGAAAGAUCCAAGGCGCGUCAAAGCGCUACAGGCCUUUAUGGAUUCAGCUAUUGGAGGAGACAAUUUCUUCAAAAGUUCAUUUGAAAGUCAGAAUCCAUUUUUUCAAAGUCGGUUGGAUCCAGGAUGGGGUUCCAGUCAGCCAGCGGGAUUUAGCCGUAGCCCCAUGGGAAGCCCCUCAAUGCAACGUCAUUCUAAUAUCAGACGCUCUACAAGCCCUCAGCCUGCUGGGCGGUCUACCCCAACGCUAGACAGUCAGAUGAAUAGAAUGCAUGCCCAAGAUGCUGCUCGAGCCUUCAUGGAAGGUAGCAUGCCUGGGCAACAGCAACAGGUGUAUUCAUCAAGUCCAAGAAGAAACGAUGGAUUCUCAUCUCGUCAGCAUGCCCCUGAUCAAGGCAGACGAGCCCACCAUGAAGAGAGUUAUUCUAAACCAGAACGUGACUAUAGUUCAGAAGGAGAGAGAGUUUACAAUAUACCAAUCAGAGUAGAAGGGAGAGAUUAUUUAAACAGGCCGUCAAAUUCACGACCUGGUGUAUAUCAAGAGCCGGGUCAUAGUAGAGAGGAGUACGCAAGAUCACCGCCUCAAGGAAUUCCUAAAUCUGCUCCUGGUAACAAUUAUGAGCAUGAUCCCCAAAGACAUUCCAGGCAGGAGUAUCGAUACCAACAAGAUCAGCCGCAGUCUCAAUCAGAGCCGCAUCAAGACCCUCAGGUAACACCUUUAACGAAUGUACAACAACAAAGCAGCAACCAAGAUACUAAGAGUCAAGAUGUUAAAGAUUCUCAAGAGAAGCAAGGCCAGAAAUCACCAUCUGAGAAGCCAACCACUGAGAAGAAAACUGACGGAUUGGAGGAGAGGGGUGAAACGAAACAACCGACAGAGAAUCUAAAAGAUCCUCCAGAAGAAUCCAAACCAGAUCCUCCUCAAAUUAUGCGCAUCCAAAACAUCCUUAAGAAAAUCUUGGCAAUCUGUCAAGAAGUUGAGGACUUCCAUGGUCGUCGUGGCACCAAGGAUUACCUUCGGAUUGAGGAGAUGUUGAUGAGACAAAUGAUUGAGUUGGAUAAUAUUGACACUAUGGGAGAUGAACGUAUCCGUGGUCAACGCAGAAUGGCUGUUGUGACGGCACAGACUUUGUUAUCAAGAUUAGAGAAGAAGGCACUACCUGCUGAUUUUUAGUUUAGGUCUUUGGUUUUCACUUUUGAGCAAUAAGAAUUGGUGUUGAAACUUCAUAAUAAUGGUCUGGUUUUUUACUAACUCUUUUUUUUAUCAACUACGCUCUAUUUAAUAUUUUAAUAAGUGAUCAAAACUUUGAUUUGCAACCUUAUAUAGAAGGUACAUCUUUGUUUUAGUGAAGGGAAAUGAACAACUUCAUCACUCAGAAGUCAUUUAUUCCGAUCUCCUACACUGUACCCACUGCUGAUAUUUUACUGACUUUGUACAAACAAAACAGUAUUAAGACAAUCGCCUUGAUGCCCAAGAAAUGUUCUUGAAAGUACAAAUUAAUGGUAAAUUCCUCUUGAGGUGCCCAGGCCCUGUUGUCAAAUUUCCUCAUGGCACCUUCAACAAUUGCCGUGGUGCCGUGUGACAAAUUUUUAAAAACUCUCAUAGAGUACCACUUACCAGAGAAAAAUUGCCUUGCCCCUACAAGACCAAAGUUCAAGGCCCGGUGCCCUUAUCAAUGUAUAAAACUAUCUUGCUCUUACAACAUGUACAAUAACCUUGGUUUGCUGUUGAUCUACACAAGUUACUAAAUCUACAACAAAAAGAGCACAAAGUUGUCUCAUGUUUCGACCCCAGCAGAGUCUUUCUCAAAGGCUAAAAAAGUUCAUUGUUUUGUGCUGUUGACAAUGUCACUUAACAUGCUAAAUGCAAUAGAUCUGUUCUCUACUUGCAUCAAGUAAAAUGCACAUCACUGGGUCAAAGGUUUUUACUGUAGUUAGAAAUGUUAAAUAUAUUCAAAGGUUUGUUAAAAGUUGUCGGCAGAAAGUGUGACAAGUACAUGUAUUUAAUAGUUAAAAAGUGUCUUAAUAUAAAAAGAAGUACUGUUAAUCUUGUCGAGGGUGAAGCCAAUAUUGCAGAUUAGAGGCACGGCACACUUGUAUGGUAGUUGUAAACUGCAUCAACACUUUACAUAAUAAAAGUGUUUAAAGAUAAUGUGCUUCCUUCUGUAAAGAGUUUUAUAAUGUCUUUAACAAUACAUGGAUGAUGUUUUUUUGGUUUUUUUAAGACUACAAAGUUGAGAUGGGUGGAAAACACCACUACAUAUAGGGUGUCAAGAAACC